CAUGUGCUGUCGAUAUUUAAAAGGCUGAAAUGAUUAUUCUCCAGAGGGUUGUAUCUUCAUUUCUUCUUCUUGGUAAGUAUUUAUAGCGUUGUUUCCUGAAGGAAACGUCAGUUAUUUUCAAUGCAUGGUUUCUGUUUCAUUACAGUACCGAUUAUUGCCGCCAGUGAUUUUGGAGGUUUUGGACCCGAUGAUCCUCAGACAAGAUUCGAAUUUGGCGCUGUCACGGCACACCGAGUAAUUAAAUUUCUUACUUCGUUUGAUUUCUUUCUCGAUACACAUUUGUAUUUUCGAAUGCAUCAUCGUCAUAGAGAUUGCGUUAUAUUUUAAAAUAUACGUAUUUCUAAGUGAAAACACAUGGCACAGCGGUUAGCAUUGUUCUCGUCAUCUAUUGUUGUCUAAAUUACAGAUAAAACAUCACUAACACCAUUCAUGGAAUGUAAAUAGUAAUAUCAACGUGGCAGAAAAAUAACUAAUAAAAGAAGCACCCGCAAAUUUAGGUUAUAAUUUAUGAACGAUCGUACAGAACUUAAUAUAUGAACUAUCUUACCGAAAGACGAAAAUUUCGUGAUCUGUCAGCUAUCUGAGCACCGUGUGAAAUAUAGAUUUAAGAUAAUUGUUUCUUAUUGCAUAGGGAGGUCUUGUCCUAAGAUCUUUGAAGGGGGGUGGGGGGAUAGUGGUUUACAACAAUACGAGCUAUCAAGGAAAAGUUGUGAUUGUUAUUAUUGCUGUUUACUCAGUUUUAACACAAAGAUGGAAAUCACCUUUGUGCAUUUUUAGUAGCUAUUUUAUCUUUUGAUUUGUUUCCAGGAUUCCAAACUUGAAAAUGAAACAGAUAUCUCUCCUAUAGGUACAUUAUCUAAUUAUCCAAUUGAAAUAAUGAUAAUAAUUAUUCAUAGUGUUAACCCUUAAAAUGCCAGUAGUGAUUAUAAUGUAACUUCUCCUUAUAAUAUCCAUACAUUAUCCACCAAACAGGUAAUGAGAAUACUCAAACUUUUCAGGUAGAAGUUAUCUUGAUCUAACUCCAAAUUCUUGUUAUUAAUUUACAAGGAAACGUGUAGCAGCCAGAGGGAAGAAUUAAGAUUUUAGUUUAUUCCACUGCUACUUUUUGAUGAUUAUGUAUUUUUCAGAAUAGAUACUAAAUGACGCAGUAUUUUUGGAUGCUGUGUGGCAAAUGUUAAAAAAAAAAAUUAUUAAUGAUCUCUAGAGGAUUGAGGUUACUUUGUUUUCAAGUUGUGAUCAUGAGCGUGACUUGUGGUGUGUGCCAUACAUUGAGGUUUUAAAACUUUUUUUCCGCAGGAUUAAAGGAUAUAGUUAUUGUCAUCAGAAGUCAACAUAAUACCUUUCAUGUCAAAAAAGCAAAAGCUCUCAGACAAACCCUGAAUGAGCAAGCAGAAGCUCUAGGAGAAAAGGUAACUGCUGAAAUCUUGACUUAUCUAAAGCUAAUAGAAAUCUUUUUAGAUAAGGAGUCUUGUAACUAAUUGAUUUUUACAUUUAAAUGUGAAUUCAAAUCAAUCAUUUUCCAGGAUCACUUGGAGCUUAAAAUGAUGCACGAGGAUUGGGCACCCCAUGGGGCCUGGACUAUUCUUCCAGCAAUAAAUAGGUAAGACUGAGUAGUUUUAGUACAAGGAAAUUUUUUUUUUGAAAGUCCAAAAGCAUUUAAGGAUCAAAUAUAUUACUUCACAUGACUUGACUUAAAUUAAAGUUUUAAUUAAACAGUGUAUGUGUGAGAAUUGGCUUUUUACAUGAUGGUAAAAAAAUGCAUUUUUCAUAUUGUUUUAGCUUGGUUGAAGAUUAUGGUGAUAACAAGAGAUGGAUAUUUUUUUGUGAGGAUGAAACCACCAUCAAUUUAUCAGGACUUGUUCAAGUCUUAAACAAAUAUGAUGCAAGACAGGUGUGAUAGAAAAAGUAACUUGUCUGAAUUGUUGCUGUGAUGAUAAUGAGAUAUGCCUUAACUGUUGGAAUUAACUGAGCUCCCACAAGUGUAGAAUUAAUAUAUAUUUCUCCUUACAAUUUCAAGACAUUACCCCGCAAACAGGUAAUGAGAAUAGACAUGCUUAUUAAAUGGAAAGCGUUAUCGCAAUAUUACAAUAAAUUCUCUUCACUAACUUACAAGAAAGUGUGUAGCACCUAGAAUAAAGAAUUGAAUCAGAUCUUAGGGGGUUAAGGGUUCUAGAAUACCAUAAAUGUAUGGAAGUCACAACAGUUGCUGCACUAAUACCAGCUUCUCUCUCUUUUGCUCCCUUUUUCAUGUUGUAAUAAUAUUCAUGUAAAAGUAAUAGGCUUCUGAUUGGCUGAAAACAAGUGCAUUUUUUAUGUAACACAACUGCAAAAUUGUAACACAACUGCAAAAUUGUAACACAACUGCAAAAUUGUAACACAACUGCAAAAUUGUAACACAACUGCAAAAUUGUAACACAAGUGCAAAGUUGUAACACAAGAGCAGAUUUUAAAUGGCACGCACACUGUCAAAAUUUUGUCUGUCUUGACUUUCUCUGAUGUUCUUUCUUGUAAAUUAUUUAUAAGUUCUAACAUGAUUUCUCAAGCAAUUUCAUGAAAAUAAGCACUUGUAAAUUUUUCAAAGACUAAAAAUUGCAAUGGCCUGAAUUUUUGUUGUCUUUAAAAAAAUUACUAAUGUUUAUGAACGCCAUAUUGCACCCAAAGUAAUGUUAUUACCCAUAUAAUAUGACAGAGGAAAAAGUGGGUGAGGGGUGAAAAGGACCCCCUGACCCUCUUGAAGUCCUUGAAGCUUUCAAGAGGAAUUUAUCAUUUCUGUUCUCCUUUUGUGAUUUUUCAUCAGGAGAUGUUUCUUGGACAUGCCAUUCAAGAUGAACAACCAGCGAUUAUUCAUCACUUUGCAUUCCAUCAGGACCCAUCGCAGUUCUCUUUUCCUGACUUUUCAGCUGGAUGGGCUUUGUCUGUACCACUACUGAACAGGCAAGUUAGAACACCCUCUAGUCUGAGUUCCUAGUCAAAGAAGAAAGUUUCCUUCCUUUAUUUAUAUGUGUAUUAAUUUUUUUAUAUAUUUAUCUACCUAUUAAACAUUUAUUUAUUUUUACUCAGAGCUAGCAAUCUCAUUUCUUUAUUUAGAUAGCCUAUCUAAAAGACAGUUUUUCCUCCUAGCCUCCUAGUUGUAGCUGGCUAAUCUUUACUUUGUCAUCUUAGUGAAGAUUUAGUGGCGCUGUGAGAAUAAACGGGUCUACCAACACAAUAGAUCUUACCAUGCUGAAGCUUGUCUUCAGUUAUCAAGUGUGAAAACGUGUCUAACGUGUAGAGAAGAAUGUCCGAUGGAUAUUUAAGUUUUUUUAAGGGAAAUGGUUUAUUUGAACAAUAGUUUUAACUUUUUUUGAAUAAAAAGAAAAAUAUUAAUAAAACGAAUGACUUCAUCCACUUCUGAUAUCCAUAACACUUAAACUACUACUGAUCGUCAAACAGAGUUGUUAAAUUACCUAUAAAACUAUGCAAAGAACUGUUAUUCCUAAAAACAGAAUUUGGGAAGUCAGCGAUGAUGAAUGCUUUCACGCAAAAAUACGAAAACAGAGAUAGCUAUUAAUUUGCAAUCGUAUCUAGUCCGACUUCUGAAAAUAUUCAAAGACAGUUCAUCUUGGGAAAAAAAGAUAGGAGAACAGCGAAAUGAAAUUGUGGCCUUCAUCCGAGGAUUAUCGUUUUUCUGUGCUUGGCCAUUUUUUCCCAUUUUGCUAGAGACGCUUCUUUGUUUAACCCUUUAACUGUAAUAAGUGACCGAGACAAUUUCUCCCUACAUUGUCAAUAAAAUUUCUUAUAGAAAAGUGACGAGAAUAACGAAAAACAUGAAUUAAGGAUUUGUUAAUUUAACACCAACUUCUGCAAACUAACAUCAUGAUUUAAUGAUAGAAAUUAAGGAGAAAACUAACGAGAUCCGGGAAUCAAAGGGUUUAAAAUUUAUCCUCAGAACUUUUAAAACAGAGGUGAAUGCCUGACUGAAUACAGAAUCAGACCUUAAAACUUGAGUAGUUUGAAAGCACGCGACAGCCACCGUCCCAAUCACAAUUCUUUCACUCGUUAUAGAACUUAAAUCAGUUUAUUUCCUUAUCUACAAUUCUAUUUACAAAAGUUGACACUCCUUUCUAAAACAAACGCAAAAAACUGAAAUAAAAAAGUACAUAAAUGUUGUAACCUUGAUUGCUCUCAAUUUGUUUAAAAAAAUAGAAUUGGAAAAAGACUUCAAGCUGAUCCACCAAGGUCUGACUUUACUAUUGACGUACAACACGAGGUAAGGAAUUCAAAUAGUACACAAUUACGUAUGAAUUCAGCGAGAAAAUUAAUUAUUUUACUGCUUCAGGAGAAUACCUUGUUCCUGAUAAGUCACUGUACAAUUUUGUCAAGUCACAAUUUUACAAGUUCUUGAACACCUUCCGCGUAUGUCUUUCAAUCAAAGUCUUUGUCAAGAUGUCUCCAGUCACAAGUUCUGCUAACAGCGUCCGUCUCGUUCACGUCUUGAGUAUUUCGUCGAGAUGUUGUAGUCCUAAGUUUUAAAUUGCUUUCGUCUCGUCCAGUUUUGUAGAAGUCGCUCGUCUGUCUUCAAGUCACAAAGUCUAAAUUCAGCGUCCGUUUCAUGCGUUUCGUCCCUUAGUCUUCACGUGUAUAAUCUAGUAUCUUUCAAAUCGCUUUACUUUGUGCUGGUGUACUUUGUAACGGCUUUUGUUCCUUCACUGACCGCGUGUUUCGCCAGUUCACCGGGCAGAAGCAGUCGAAUGGCGGUCUGAAUUUCGCGAGAGCUGAUUGUAGACUUUUUGUUGUAGUUGGCGAGUCGAGAAGACUCGGUUGCAAUUCGCUCGAAGAUGUCGUUGACGAACGAGUUCAAAAUACUCAUGGCUUUGCUGGAUAUUCCGGUGUCUGGAUGAACUUGUUUCAGAACUUUGUAGAUGUAGAUAGCGUAACUUUCCUUUCUUCGUCUACUUCUCUUUCCUUUGCCGUCUCCACUCUUGACUUUUCCGGUUAUCUUUGUCUCUUGCUUCUUUCCUGCGGUUUUUGGUGGCAUCUUCAGUGUUUCUCUCUGUAGUACAGUAGUACAAUUGAUUGAUAACAACUUUGGUUGGUUUCGGUUUUAUAGAAAAAUUUGUGAUGCUUAAUUUACAAACGGAUCGAAAUCUACAGUAUUUCAUUGGCUGUUGAGCAGGGAAGUUGGGAACUGCACGGAGAAUUUACACUGGUAUCAUCAUUAAUUAGCAACAUUCUUCCACGAAGUUUUAACAAGUUGUAAUUGUUCUAUUCAAAACUCAGAGAAGUAAAAGAAAGGAAAUUCUUACCAGAAGGGACGAACUAAAAUGAAAAUAAAUGAUUUUUUACCAGUCAUGUUUUGCGAUAGAUUUAAGAAAACCCCGUGUUUUUUGUUAAAAUAUAACACUCGACAUGUUGAAAUGUUUAUAUUCCCACUCGUUCCCCUGAGAUCGAAUUCCAAAGUAAUAUCUCAUUAGACUGGGUUGUUACCUUUUCUUAGGUGGCAAUGUUCAUUCGUGACGAGGGUCGAGGCACGCUGCUCACAGAUGUACCCGAGUUCUGCACUAGCGAACCUAGGGACAAUCAGGAAUGUGUGACGUCUUUGAAAACUGAGGGCCCUAACUGUGUACGUUCAUAGUAUAAGUUUUAGUUUAAGAGUGAGGGGGGUCUGUACUUAAUUAUAAACUUAUAAAUAAGCUAAAUGGCAUUUUCAUUUUUUCAUAUUUUUUCGUGAAAUGUAGACCUUUUUGAGGAGAUAAUGUGGGGUCCCUUAACCUUGGCCACAAGCAGCGAACUCGAGUAAUAGCUAGCAGACUGAAAAUAUAGUUAAAUGCGAGAACAGAAAAUUUGAAAAAAAUUGGGAAUAACUGCAGACCGAAAGAAAGCAAGGUUUAAACCUAUUUGGUUCUAAGUAUUGUGUGUAAAGGAUCGUCUCUAAGAACUCUCUGGGAUUUCCUCAGGGUGAGCCGCUAUCUUCGGACAGUAUAUUUUUCGCUGUCAAGACUACAAAGAAAUACCACAAAGACAGAGGUAUACUUGACUUCAUAUUUUCUUGUAAUUUAAGUUGAAUUCAUUGUGUAAAAAGGAAAUGCCUGGUCAUGCCAGGUAUCCUAAGGCUCGUGUACAUAACCUUAAUUUUUGCUGGAGACCUAAUUGCAACUAUGUUGUUGUUACUAUCGGCUAAAUUUGGCGAUUUAGCUUUUUAAAAGAUAUAAUCACUUCUACAUUGAUUCAGACUGUUUUUCGUCGUGGUCUUCGAUGGCUUUUGGUAAUUUUAAAUUAACCUUAAUGCUACCAUCUUGAGGUCAUAAUUUAUAGCACUACAAAUAAAAAAUAUUUAUUUCUUUUCAGUGCCUAUUGUGCAGAAGACGGUUGGAAAGCACGCCAAACACAUUGUGUACUACAGCGAGACAGAGGAUCUCUCCAUACCAACAGAGAACAUUGGAGUACCUAAUACCGAGAGAGGUAAAGUCAGUUAUUGAAUAAAUAUUUGUCGAGAAACUUUUCAAGAGGGGGAACUUUUGAACAUCGAUUUCCGGUGGAACGUUCCAGAACUACCCAACAAGUAGAUAUUUGCUCCAAUUCCUUGUCGAAUGGAAGUUUUGGAAACCACCUUGAAUCGUAUUCUUUAAAACGCUUAUACUGACAAGACAGUUUUCAGUUGUGGAGAUUUUGCCAAUUUUCUAAGACGGUUUUUGUUUUUUUUAACACGUUUUGUGGCCGAGUCUCUUUCCUCCCCCCCCCUGCUAAGUUUACUCAAGUUAUCCGACGACAAAAUUCCGUCUUCGUAAAUAUGUGGAGCUUUGAUCCAUCAAGUUUGGUAAACUGGCGGUAAAAAAAAAGCUGCUGGAGAAUGUUUAAGCUCUUAAGUCAAUCAAUGAGCUUAAAUUCCGAUGAAUAAACAAGACAACCAUAGCUAAAUCAACAUUCUAGUCAUGGUGCAAUCCGUUAAUACGACCGCCGCCAUUAUAUGUCAAUUUAUUCCAAACAACAGGUUGGUCCGAGUAGCGAGGUUGUGAAAGGAAAUGGCUGGAAUAUAUUUCAUUAUAGCCCGGGCAGAAGUUAUUUUAUCAGUGCCAGUCUCCUUUGCUAAUAAAGAAGGCUAUAUUUUAGGUUGCUCUGGCCAAUGAAACGAAAUGUGACGCUCUGAAAGGAAACUGGACCAAGCUUUGUUUUAUUUUGCUUAUGGGUUGCUCGCAUCGCUGAGCAGCUUAAGAGAGAAAGUGUCUGGUAGUCUAUUAUCUUGGUUUCCGCUUUUUUUUGGGUUGGUAAUGUAUUUACAUUGGUAUUUGUACUGAAUUAUGGUACAUUCGAAUCGUGACUUAGAAUCUCUCUAGAAUCUUCUAUGUUCCCUGCGUUUUCUCUCAUUCUGUGGCAGCAAGUUUAGUCAAAACAAAUAAGUGAAAGAGGGGAACAGGUCUCGUACGGUUUUCGGUUCAGUUUCAUUCAUCGGUGAGGUGGAAUUUUGUUUGAAAAUCCUGUCCAUCUCUUUAAAAGAACCCCUCCAGAGGUUGCCCCGUCUCUUGUCUCUUGUGGUGACCCUUUCUAGUUGCUGGUUUAUAAACUUGUCUUCGUAGAUUUUUCAAACCGUCUUUCUCUCGUAUAUUCAUUCGCUUAACCUCAAGAGUAGAGCUCAAGAUCGGUAAGAAUGUCCUCUUCCCUUCUAAGCCGGGUUUAACUCGGUUUUUUCUACCUCCCAAAUAAUUUUCAUCGUAGAUGACUAAAGGAAGUCGUCUCUGUUGAGAAAAGUCAGCACCCUGAGACAAAGACGUUGCUCUUCCUACCGUAUUCUCUCGGGGAAUCACUGGCCGACCUUGAAGUGGAAAAUCACAACAAUGCAUUCUUCUACCUGGUCUUUUUCCAUCGCUGUUCACGAAUUCAGUUCUCGCAGUAAUACCGGAGAAAGUUAAUCUCGGUAUGUCGACAGCCCCGUUGACUUUGGACAUCGUUUCAUCUUUGUUAAGUAACUCUUGAUAAAAGCUUCCUUGCCUCAGAAUUUUUCCUCUACCUUUUUCGUCUCUGGGGCGAACGGAAUCCCUUCGCGCGACAGCCAUUUCAGAACCAUUGCGACAUAUUUGCGGUAGAACAAACUUUCUGCCCUCGCUGUUGAGUGUACGUCGCAUCCCUAACUCUUCCCGCUUGGAAUUUGCCCUCGCUCUCCUCUGUAAGCAUCUAUGAAGUUAUAGUGAUAAUUUUUAAUUGUAGCCAGUCUUUAUGUCAUUGUAGAUACGCAGUUUACGACUGAUCGGUUUUAAGACGAAAGGCAGUCGUUAAUCUGUCUAUCGGCUAAACUGUCUACAAAGCUCUAGCAUUUGUUCUUAGAGGAUAAAGUGCUGCUUUAAACCUGGUUAGAAGAUUUACUGUCGUGUCUACUUCUUUAUCAGAUGUCAUCACUUGCACAUAAACAAACAAUAGAUAUUAAUAAACAGAAGAUUUAAGAUACUUAAUAUGGAAUGAUCUUCCUGUUACAGUGACCCAGACGAUACCAGACUUGUUUUUGCUCCCAAAAUGAAUCGAAUCCUAUGCGUGCCUCUGCUGGUAAAUCUUGUGAAAUAGAACUUACUGAGUAAAAUACUUUACUUAUCAUUUUUAACUUCGGUCAAUCUUAAGACCUUCUCUCUCUUUAUGGCAAUGUUAUAAGAAAUUGCCUUAUGAUAGAAUUUUCUAUCAGAGAUAACUUACUUCACAACAAUGUCAGUGUAAUUAUUGCUAGGAAAAAAAAAGGUUUGUAAUGAGUUAAAGAUGCUCGACAAAUGGAGCUCCUAAAGCUGCUUAAAAUGAAUCAAACACUUGUAAAUGACGGAAUGUGGUUGUUGCUAAUUUUGAUUAGGGUAUGUUAACAGAACACUGCAUAGGACAACUGUUGGUGUAAAGAAAAACAAAACAUAAACUCAAGUUCUUCUGUUUUGGCCAUGUAUUUUUAAGACGAGGCCACCCAACGCGAAAAGCAAUAAUAGCCGUAGACAGACGUUCAAAUUUCCUACUGGGAAUCCACAUCACACCGCAGGUUUGCUGCUUACAGAGUGGAAAUUAGGUCGCGCCUCCAGCAGAACGCCGGUUGUUUGUUUCAUUUGUUGGUGGGGGUGGGGUGGGACAGAUUUCGCGAGGAAGCUAAAAUUAAUAAGUUGCGUACCCAUGUAAGGGCUCAGGGCUGUUGCAUCGGUAAAGAUGAGCGAUAUUUCUCGAUUUGUAGGUCCGAUCCGGAGGAACACCUUCAAAUGCCUUGAUGAGUAGUUGAUCGGUGUGGCUGUGAUGUUAAAUUUAAACAUCUCUUGUCGCUUCUUCCAUUGGAAACCGGUAGAGCUCUGUAGGUUUGAGCCCGAGUUUGAGACCCCAGCUUAUAAGAGGAGACAGGUUAAGACAAUGGUAAAGUUUAGUUACGUAGUGUGGUACUGUUUCUAUUUCAGGACACUGUGCUAAGUUGGAGGCCAUCAUCAAGAGAUCAGUCGCAGACCCCAGGGCUGCUGACAAACCCUGGCUUGUGAUUCUCGAUGAUGAUACGAUAAUGAGGUAACCUCGGUAACUAAACAAGCUGUUGGUUCCUCCACCCAGAAAUAGCAACCUUUAUCGCAAAAUCGGCUCCUUUCCCAUCGCCUCGGGAGGGGGGAUCUAUACGGACACGUUAAGAACGCAAUUCGAGAUUGCAUCUUACGUCGACUGAUAAAUAGUGAGGAAAAACCUUAUUUUGCGUUCCAGGAAAAGAUUAUGCGCAGAAAGUAUCCAUAAGGUUUCGUUACAAGAUAUCAGGGCAGCUUGGCGAGAGAAAAGUAGUCCUUGUCUUCAUGGCACAAUGUAAUGAAAUGAAAAUAACAUCUAUAUAUUUUCCUAAUAUUCUUUGAUCCUUUGUUUUUUACUUCUUGUUGUUGUUGUUGUUUUUUUAACCACUUCCCGCAGCGUACCUCGGCUGCAAAAGUUGUUGGCGUGCUACGAUCCAAAGGAACCAACCCUACUGGGUGAACGGUACGGCUAUGGACUAACGGGAGGGUUUGGGUACGAGUAUAUCACGGGUGGAGGAAGGUACGAAUUGCAUUACUUUUCUAGUCUGACCUUAAACUAGUCCCCGGUCCCCGGCAGUUUCUAAACCAUACAUCUUCAACUCUACCAACAGUCCUUUGAGUGACCUUCAUGAUCUCAUCAAACACUAAGAAUUUUAAUUUCCGCGCCAUAAGUAGAUUAACAAGAGGAAACAGAUAGACCGGGAACAUUUACCAUUCUUUUAGUUUAGUGAUGGAUACUAAAUGUAUGUUUUUUGUGGUGUGUAUGUCCAGUAUGAUUCUAAGCCGGAGUGGUAUCGAAGCUUUGUUAAGCAGUGGAUGCAGCUGUUGGGAACCAGACUCUCCCGACGACAUGUGGCUGGGAAAUUGUUUCCGCAGAUUGGGAGUUCCUCUGACGCACUCCUCAGCUUUUCAUCAAGUAAGUCAUGUCAUAGGUAAUUCUUUGUUAUUAUUUUGCUAUUUGAUAGUAAGUACUUGUUUGAGAGAAUGUCAGAAUAGAUUGACGCACAGUACAUCCAAAAACAUAGGCUUACUCUGUCACGUCAGUUCAGCAUGAACAUACAAUGAGGUAUUUUCAAUAGCUGAUGAGGACAUAGGUAAAACUCUUGCACCAAUAGGUUACAUGAUUCUCGCGUUGCCUCUCUCCAUUUAGAGGUAUAAAUGAGUAAGGGUAAAAUUUCUGGAAAAAAGAAAACGGUGAAAUGCUGGCUGAGGAUGACCUAAGAUGGUCUGGCGUUAACUCAAGGGGGGGGGGGGGGGGGGGUGGGAGUAGCAACACUUCUAACCGUUGUAUUCCAAUGAUAUUGGGAUGAGAUCGGGAAGAAUAGGGCUGUCCGGCUCCUGAACUGACAGAAUGUUAGCCUAAGUGCAAAUCCUGGCAGACUUUCUUUAGUUUUGAGAAGUAAAUCAAAGUUCACUGCUCUAGAAACUCCCUCAGCCUCAUUCUUUAUCGUUCCUCUCUUGUUUCAGGCCAAGCCAAAUGAGUAUGUGCCUUCACUUCUGGCACACCAGACGCCCGUCUCAUUCCACAAACAUCAUGACUUAGAUCCACUUUCCGUUUACGAAGAAUAUCUCAGUUGAUAUCUCAGAGUGCUCUGUGAAAAUGGUGGUGUUAAGUUAUGGACAAAUUUUUACGUAAAGUGUCUUUGUUCGACAAACUAGAACUCCAUGUUUCGAAUGAGUAAGCGGACAAAGAAAAAUGAAAUUUUCAAUUACACAAUUGCGAGUCAGUGUAAAAUUAGAACUUCCAACGACAACCAUGUCAGGCAGGGAAUUGUGGGUUUUUGAGUGCAGAGUAUUUUCCUCAAAUGACGAACGUUUCUCUGAUAAUCUGAUAAUUUGAAGUAAAAUAAUAUUUCUAGGUAGUAAAGAGAUGCAAC